AUGAAGAGGCUGAUCCUGCCCCUCCUGGCCCUCACCACAGUCAGGUCCAUGCCUGCCUUAGAAGACAAAUGCAACGGGAUUUGCGGGCGGCGACCCCUGGCCCCCUCGCACAGCAACCCCUUCCCGGUUGUCGGAGGAGUCAACUCCCUGCCAGGGGCCUGGCCAUGGAUGGUGAGCAUCCGGAUCCCGUCAAAGGCCGGCUUCCAGCACACUUGUGGAGGGUCCCUCAUUGGUGCCACAUGGGUGAUGACUGCGGCUCACUGCUUCAAGGAUAAGAGGCAUCUCACCAACUGGGAGCUAGUGCUAGGUGCCACACACUUGUCCCGGCCAGGCCCUGACGCUGAGGUCCGCUUCCCCAAGAGAGUGGUGGAGCAUGCCGAGUACCAGCCAUACCACCAAACCAAUGACAUUGCCCUGAUAGAGCUGGAUGAGCCCGUCCUCUGCAAUGACUACAUCCAGCCAGCCUGCCUUCCAGACGACUCUGUGAAUGUCUCCACCAUGUCCCACUGCUACGUCGCGGGCUGGGGCUUCACGCAUGAGAAAUCUAAAAUGACGUCGGACAUCUUGAAGGAGGCCAAGGUAGAUCUCAUAUCGGUCCACAAGUGCAACAGCACCAACUGGUACUACGGAAGCAUCACCGACAACAACCUCUGUGCAGGAUUCGAGGGAGGAGGCAUUGACACGUGUCAGGGCGACAGUGGUGGCCCCCUCAUGUGCAGGGAAUCGAGGUCUGAGCGCUUCUGGGCGGUUGGCAUCACCAGCUGGGGAAUGGGUUGUGCCAGGGUGCAAAAGCCCGGCGUCUACACCUCCACGCAGCUCUUCUACGACUGGAUUCAGAGCUACACGACGGAGGAGCCUGUCAGCGAGGCCAGUCCCCUGCCACAGUCAUCAGAGCCCACACCUGUGGUGCAGACUGUGUAUGUGCCAACGAUAGUGAUACAAACCCUGCCUGAAACAUCAAUCCAAACAGAGACCGCCUCUGUAGGAACCGUGAGCCCACCACCAAGCCCAGAGACGCAGACAUUGCCUCCACCUCCAACGACAUCCCAAAUGGAAACCUCGCCACAACCAGAGCCGCCUCCUUCGCCACCAGUGGCCCAGUCACAACCACAGGGGGCGGACCAGUCCGAGCAAAGGUCUGUUGCCGAAACUGAGACCCCUUCCGUGCCCACAACCGCCGCCCCUCCCACACCCCAGACCCCAGCCCCACCUCCUAAGCCCCCCAAACGCAAACACACGGUCAUUUCCAGUGUCCAGUGGGGCAGCCGUUGGAGCCCAAAGUGGCCUAGUUUUUGGCCAAGCAACAGACAGUCAAACACCCAAAACUAGGCCUUGGCCUUGGCCUUGUGAGGCCCAGCGGGACGCUUGAACUCUGCAGAAGGUUCGCUUUUGCAAGGGAGCCAUUCUGCAAGGGAACCUGAUAGAAACAUCCAGCAAUCAUCAUAAGAUGCGAUAGUCACACUUAAAAUAAAGCAUACA